UCUCUUCUUCUCUGCCAUGAGCCUCAGCAUUUGGCAACCAUGAAACUUGCCACCUAUCUCACCUACUAGCUCUAGCCUUGCUGAUUCACUCAUCUACAAUCACUAGAUUUCAUUACUCAUCACCUACUUUUCUCUAUUUUCUUACAUUUGUCAACUUAAACUUUUGUAAUUGAGAACAUCAAUUACGUAAAUGGGAAACUUCUUAUUGUUGUAGAUAGCUCCUCAAAUUGUCAUGAAUUAUGCAUAAUCAAACCACAUCAAUUUCAGUUUCCACCAUUGAAAACUAUGAGGCUUUUCGCCAUUUACUACCUUUAUUUUUGCUUUGAACCACCACCACCAUUAACAACCACCGACACCACCACUACCCGACCACCACCACAAUCAAAUUUCGCCGCCUCCCUCCUCUCCGUCGACCCUCUCCUCCUGCUCCCAGAACCGACCAAGCAGCACCACUCCCUUCUCCCCAAUUCCGCCCGCAUUUUUCUCUCCCCUGCCUCUCUUUCCGCGGCGAUGUCACCCCACCACCCUCAGCGCCGCCAUACUGGCGUGCUGCUUCUUCCUCGCCGGUGCUCCUCCCUCCUCCAGCCACGGACCACCGCCCAACCUCCUCCCUUGUUCUCCUUCCUCUCGUGCCCCCCUGCUUCCCCUUUCCACUUGCCUCUGCUUUGCCUUGCAUUCCAGGAAGCAGGAACCACUUUCCCAUUUAGGAACGCUGGUUUUAAUUCCCUCAAGCCCAACCCUUUUGUUUGGCCCAAUAUUCCAAAGUACUGUUGGGGACCAUGAAAACGAGUAGUGGCAAGGAUUUCACUUUAGCAAUGUUCACCUAAGUUAAUGUUAAGUUGUAACUAGUUUAAGUAUGACUCUUGAUUAAGCUAUGUACUUGGAUUAAGGAAUUAAUAGGAUUAUUAUAUUAUUUGGA